AUGGCUAAGACCCUGGAAGCUCGCUUCGAGCAUCUGUCCAUGAAAGACGAGAAAGAUGGAAAUCAAAUCUACAAGCAAAAGGCCCCAAUCUCCUCCCAGUCGAAUAGUAAUUCGAAUCGGGCACAAUUAUUGAAGUUGGCUCUGCAAAACAACAAUGAAAACAAGGCAAAUGCUAUGAACGUUCCUGCCUCGCCAGGUAGAGGAUCCCAUGGCGCAUUGGUGACCCGAAGCACCGACGAAAACGGCGAUCAGCGCACAACAUCUUCACUCUGCGAUCAGCCCACCCCUAAAGAGCUGCACCUAGGAAUGUUUGAAAUCGGCAAGCCUCUAGGCAAGGGUAAGUUCGGACGGGUUUACCUUGCCAAAGAGCGCUCCUCCGGCUUUGUCUGUGCGCUCAAGGUGCUGCAUAAGUCCGAGUUACAACAAGGAGGUGUCCAGAAGCAGGUCAGGCGCGAGAUAGAGAUACAAAGCAACCUGCGUCACCCCAAUGUCCUGAGGCUCUACGGUCACUUCCAUGAUAGCAAAAGGAUCUUCUUGAUCCUGGAGUUUGCUGGCCGUGGUGAGCUUUACAAGCAUCUUCGCAAAGAGCAUCGAUUUCCGGAAUGGAAGGCUGCACAAUAUGUCGCACAAAUGGCCGCAGCAUUGAAAUAUCUGCACAAAAAGCACGUCAUGCACCGUGAUAUCAAGCCUGAGAACAUCCUCGUUGGUAUUCAUGGGGAGAUCAAAAUCAGCGAUUUUGGCUGGAGUGUUCACGCCCCCAACAACCGACGCCAAACCAUGUGUGGAACUCUCGACUACUUGCCCCCAGAGAUGCUCAAGCCUGGCUCCCAGGACAACUAUUAUAGCGAGAAGGUGGAUCUGUGGAGCUUGGGUGUCUUGACCUACGAGUUCCUGGUCGGUGAGGCGCCAUUUGAGGAUACCCCCGUUAUGACCCAACGGCGCAUUUCUAGAGCAGAUAUGUCUGUUCCUUCCUUCGUAAGCCCGGAGGCGAAGGACCUUAUCAAGAAGCUUCUUGUUCUUGACCCUGCAAAGCGAAUUCCGCUCGAGGAGAUUCAACGUCAUCCUUGGAUUGUCAAGCACUGUGUGAAAGAUGACCGGAAACGGAGCUCUUCUAAGGAUACCAGAGCAUGA